GUGUCAAUGUCAAUCUAUUGUCAGUUUCCAUUUCUGUAAAAGUUACAAAUUAAUUUUAAUAUUCAAAUGUAUAUGUCAGUUCUGUAAUUAUUAAUAAAACAUUCCAUUAAUAUUUAAAUAAAUUUUUCACACUGCGUCUUUACAUCUAAUACUGAAAUGUCACAUAAUAUUAAAAUUUUGCCUGGUGCUACUGUUUGCGAGGACUGUACAUUAGAAGGAGACAUAACCAUAGGCGGAGGAACUGUAAUUCACCCCAGGGUGACCAUUAUUGCUGAAGGUGGACCUAUAAUAAUAGCUGAGUAUUGUAUAAUUGAAGAGUAUUCUACGAUUAUUCACAAGAAAAAUGAGCAACCAGAAAAUCCUCCAAAGCCUCUUUUCAUAGGUGCACAUAAUGUUUUCGAAGUGGGAUGCAGACUUGAGUCCUUAUGUGGUCACAUUGGAGAGAGCAAUGUUUUUGAAUGCAAGUCAUUUGUUGGUACUGAUGUUAAAAUUGGCAGUGGAUGUGUUAUAGGUGCAGCUUGUAGCUUAACCACACCACAAACUCUACCAGAUAAUACAGUUAUCUGGGGUUCGGAGCACAAUAACAGGGAAGCAUUAGAGAAACAACCAUCUCAACUACUCCAACUUGACUUUCUAGGCAAAGUGAUGCCAAACUAUCAUAGACUUCGGAAAUCCAAUGUACAUAAAAGGCAGAUGUCAAGGCAGUCCCAAGAACCCGCUAAAUCAUAAUGUGAUGUUAUUUCAAAAAUGUGAAGUUGUAUUUGAGAUUUUUUAUUUAUUUCUUGUUUAGUUACAACAUGUCUUUAUUUUUUUAUUCCAUAAUAAUUGUAUUCAAUAAAGACCCUAAAAAACUUUUCAUUUAAAUUAAAAACUUAUUGUUGAGGUUAGCAAAGUGGCGUCUAACCAGAUGUCUCAAUUUUAAAAUUAUACAAAUUAGACGUUUUGUUCUAAAACUCCCUAAUAAUGUGUUAUUAUAAUAUAAUGUACAACUGUAACCACGAUAUCUUCAAUAGAUUAUUAGACAACAGUAAAAACUUUAAACUUUUA